ACGUUAAGACAACUUUUUUCGUCACUUCAGUUUUUGACCCUAAUACGCCACGACAUUACGCUCUAGACAGCUCCCAAAUGUCCAUUUUGGAAAUCAAAAUAGAAACCUAGGGGUUACUUGAACUUCUAAACAGUUCAUCCGCACAGACUGCCAUAGUGCAUUGUCUGCCACCUGUUGAACAGUUGCGGGGCUAAGCCAUCACGCUGACCAAUAGCACAGCGGAGCCGGCACGACCAGUUCCGCAUGGCAGUACGCGCAGCGAACAAUAAGCGAAUGCACCCGAAAGAGGUUAGGUUUAGUAUUGUGCAACAUAUUACACGUUGCCUGUUGUGAAGGCUGUGUUGUUGCCGGUGGAAAAAAGUAAAACUCGUCGCGGCACAUUGGGAGGAGACUGUGAUGAUUCGCCGGCAGCUUGGGAGUUUAUAAAUGCAAUUACCCAACAGGGUGCAGUCAGUGCAGUUCAUACAGUUGUCGUUAACCCACACAAAGACGAGUGAUGGGAUGUCCGCUGAGGCACAGUGGAGAGACAUGAGAAGAAUCACGUGUUGACGGGAAGAGUUUUUUUUUCUUUUUUCUUUUCUUAUCCUUAAUCAUUUCCCCAUACAAAACAAUCAAUAUUUUGAUCACAUCUGUAUCUGUAUCUUAGUCAUAAAAACCUUGUGCAAAGACACAGGCAAUAUUUAGGUCUAAGACCUAUUUUACACACUAGUCUUCAAAAAUAAAACCAAAACAAAAUCUGCAAAUUCGUGGUCAGGGUGUUGGGGUCUUUUCCCCAGCUGACAACAGCAUGUACUUAAAGAAGUACCUGACCGAGGGUCUAAUUCAGGUGGCCAUCCUGCUUAGCUUAAGCGGCAUGAGGGUGGAUGUGGAUCCAUACCUGCCCCCUCUGCAGGAGAUCAUCCUGGGCCAGAGCUCUGCCCUGACGCAGACGCAGUUCCACAACCUUCGCAACUCCCUGGAGGGUCAGGACCAACACCCUAAGAGUGUGGACCUGGAUGGCUUCUUCACCGCCCGCAGGCUCCUCGGCUGGGUGCGUUCCCUGGAUCGCCUGCAGCUGCCCACCACAGAGCUGGAGGCCUGGCUGGUUCACCAGGAGCCUGAGCCCCUGAAGCCAGUGUCCGUGCAGGGUGGGCAGAUGGAGGGGGACAGUGGGCUGGACGACGAUGGCGAUCUCUCGGGCCUGGGCCUCAGAAUGGAAGGAGGUGAAGAAGGUGGUGGUGGUGGGAUUGGAGAGCUGGGCUACGGACAAGUUGCUAUUGACAACAACACCGUCCGGGGUGCUGUAGAUCCACUCCCGAGAGGUGAACAGCAGGACAACAGUGACAACAUCAGCAAAGAGGAUGGUGAUGUUUUAAACUUCCUGUGGCAACAGGAAGCAGAUCCGGGUCAGCAAUCAGAAGGCCCGGGUUACGGAAACCACCGGCAACCACUGGAGCCUCUUCUGAGUUCUUUUGAUGAUGAUGAUAGGUUCCGUGCUGACGUUUGGACAGCUGGAAGGCAUUAUCACUCCCAUGGGGACCCUCCGUUUGGGGCCGAUGUGCAGCAGCAUCCUGACCCAGAGCUGUUGGGACUGGAUGAAGAGGUCUCAUUUUCUGCCGGGAGGCCCCUCCUGUCCCCCCUCAUCUCCCCGGGGGAUCCUUCAAUGGACCUGGAGCAGCAGUGGCAGGAUCUCCUUGCCAUCAUGGAGCCCCAGGAUAUGGAUUUGGUUGCGCCAGCGCUGAAUUUACCUGUCAGCAAUGUCGAACAAGCAGUGGCCAUUGGGUCAAUUAAUGGCUUGCUUCAUCAAGAUGUCAGCCUGCACCAAGCCUCUGUGCCCAGAGUACACGAGGAUGCCAUGGGGGGACUCUCCCAUUUGGAUGCUGCCCCGACACCAACACAACACCACUCUUCCAGCAAUCCUUCCGACGGCACCUUUAGUUUUGGUUCUCAUGAUGGCGCUGCCAACGGCGAUUCAGACCUGGUUGAUUCUGCUCUGCUCAUUAACCUACUAGAGGAGCCGGCCUUGGCAAGUCCUCUUAGACCCCUGCUGGAGGAAUCCAUGUUGGACGAGAUUAGUUUAAUGGACCUGGCCCUGGAGGAAGGCAUCAAUCCCUCUGAGAUGUGCCAGCUCGAGGAACACCUCGAGGACUCUGACUCGGGACUCUCCUUGAACUUCAGCCACAGCCCGGCCUCACCGAGUGGCUCUGAGGCUUCCUGCUCUUCCUCCUCUUCCUCCUCUUCAUCCUCCUCCCUGUCAUCCACAGGGUCCUUUUCGGAAGAAGGGGCUGUUGGGUACGAUCCCGAGUACGAAGACAUGGAAGACUCUGCGGAGGGUGCUUUUGGAGGCUAUGCUGCAGAGACCAGGAAAGUGUGCGGGGCGAGCUACGUGGAGCCCAGCCGCUUUCAACACCUCCCCUGGCUAGACAGCGUCAGCCACGAUCACACCUACAACCAGCCGCUGUCCAGAAAUCCAGAGAAACCCGAAAAAGGCUGUUUUGAGGAAUCACCGGAGGUUGUGGUCAAGGAUACAUUUAUGGGUCGUGACGACCGCAGAGCCCGUGCGAUGAGGGUCCCCUUCUCGACCGAUCACAUCAUCAACCUCCCCGUGGAGGAGUUCAACAUGCUCCUCACCAGGCACAAGCUGAGUGAAGCCCAGCUCACCCUCGUCCGGGACAUCCGUCGGCGGGGGAAAAACAAGAUGGCAGCACAGAACUGCCGCAGGAGAAAGCUGGACGUCGUUGUCGGACUGGAGCACAACGUCGACGGGCUUCGGCUCCGACGGGCCCGCUUGCUCCGGGAAAAAGCCGAGAUGUACCGUUCAGUCCGGGAGAUGAAGCAGCGCCUCAGCAGUCUCUACGAGGAUGUGUUCUCCAGGCUGAGGGACGGCGAGGGCAGGCCGUACUCUGAUCAGGAAUACUCGCUUCAGUUUAACGCAGACGGCCGUGUGGUGCUUACCUCCAACCACACAAGCACGGAGUCCAGAUGCAAGUCCAGCAAGAAACAGAAGGACAAGAGGAAGUGAGUGGCUGGAAGUGAAAUCCAUAAAGAUUUUUUUUUUCUCUGACUCAGAUACUGGAGCGAGAAGCUUCUCUUACAUCUCCGUGAAGGUGGUUCUUCCCAGUGUCAACUGUUCUUGGUGAAAGGUGAAAAAGAAGUUUAAAAAAAAAAAAAAAUGUGUUGUAACUAUCAGGCUGCAUUCAUUUGAACAGGAUGGGAACAAUAUAGGAUCAGUUAGAGAGUACAACUCGCUGGCAAUCAACAUCAUGGGUGCAAAACUGUUGUCAAGAACCACUGAAAACACUGUCCAGCAAGGGCAGAACCAGGAACACUGAAGCAAUAGGACCGCAGCACACACUCAAACACACAACACAGACCUCUGAGUAAAAGACACAUUUGUUUGUCUGCUGACUGGACACCAAAGAACCUUGAAAUGAAGACGGCAAGGGAAAAAAAUACAGUUUUGCAGUGAAAUCAUCACCAUGGGUAUUCAAGGAGUAAUGGAAUCUGCCAGAAUGAUCACCAGAUGCACAAUGAGAUACUUGACAUGUUUUGUUACAUGUUUGUUGACUUGUAUAACAAACGUGUUGUAGUGGAAGUAAGGAGGGUAUUUCAAAACCUUCAAGAGGGAUAUUUAAAAUGCAGUAUCAAUGAGUAAUGGCCUAUUUGUCUUGUAGCUAUGUGUGGAGUUAUGUGGAAAAUGUGCCUUAUUCAGAAAGACUUUUCCAAUGAGUGUGACAACCCCAAACUAUAGACUUGGUUAUUUUUGUCAACGCCUUUAGCUUUGUUGUGCAGUUCCCCUCUGUGUAUUUACUGAAACUGGUUUAGAGUUAUGUCAGCUUUAUGGUUUGGGCAAGUCAUGUGACCAGGAAAAAAACAAAAAGUGAAAAAGAGAUAUAUGGGGAAUUUGUAAAGGUUCAAUACCUUGUUUUUGCUGUCAGGUUUGUGCUUUUAGACCUACAAUAAUUAUACAAUUCUGAAGGUAUGGUAAAAAGACAGUAUUGCAUAGCAUUCAUGUGCAUUGCAUGCCUCUUGUAUGCAUCUCCAGUCUUACAGACUUUUCAUUGUUUUCGGUUACAUUUGUCCUGGCAUUAUCCCGGAAAAACAUACACAAACAGAACACAACACACUAAAAACAAACAGGAGGCAUACAAUGCGCAGGAAUAUAUUAUCUUUUCAUUGUUCCUUUAUCAUUUAAGUUGGUAUAAAGAGAUGUUUGUACAGGGUGAUGCAAGGUGUGAGAAACGGAUCAUUGGUCAUUCAGCUUUUCACCAGCAAAGCAUUUUUGCCUGGAAAACUGAUCUACAUACUUAUUAAAAAUAAUGGUUCCGAGCAUAUACAUGCUGCCUUAAAAUUCAAAGUUCAGAGACAAGUAGUACCAUUAGGAAGCUUUGCACAGGCCCUCAAAGCUCCUAAAGAUAGUUUUGACUUGUAUGUCAAAACAAGACAAUAUUUUGAUCAUGUAGAUAUCAAGGUAGGACAAAAACACUGACAAUACUAAUAUUAUGUAGUAUUUCUGAAUCACUCAAGUAUAAAAUUGUUUUGUAACAGCC